CCGGACUUCUUGAUUAAUGAUACCAGACUACCCUUCUUGUAUCGGGGCAUUGAGUCUAUCCGGGCUCGUGGGGCAGGGUCCUAUAUCAGCCUCACAAUCCCACGGGAAACAAACCUGAGAUCUGCUCCGGAAACCAGCGUUCUGAGAGUGAAUUCGUCGCAUUUCCUCGACCAGGCCCUAUCUUUUCGCAUUACAACCGCAAGCGCCCAUCCAAGAUGAAAGCCAUCGUCGCAAAACGAACAUUCCUCAAACGCGUGUCGUCCCUCGCACUCAAGCGCCAACUCGGCCAAGGCGCUCACAUUACCGAAAUCCCCACCCCAGAGAUAACCGCCGACGAAAUCCUUGUCAAAGUCUCCGCCGUCGCCCUGAACCCCAUCGACACUAAAGACAUCGACGUCCUUUCCCCCUGGGGCAGUGUCAUUGGGUGCGACUAUGCCGGGACCGUAACGAAGGUUGGGAAGAAUGCUGCCAAGCAAUGGACGGUCGGGGAGAGGGUCGCGGGGUUCGUACAUGGGGGGCAGUAUAAGGACAUUGGGUCUUUUGCCGAAUAUGUUAAGGUUGAUGCGGGUCUUGCGUGGAAGGUUGGGGAGGGUGUGAGUGAUGCGCAGGCGGCGACAUUUGGCAUCUCGGCUGUUACGGCGGUGCUUGCGCUGGAGUAUCUUGAUGUUCCCUUGAAGGAUAUCGAGAAGGGGUCGAGUAUCCCAGGGGAGCGUUCUCCGAUCUUCAUCUACUCCGGCGCAUCGAAUGUCGGUCUCUUUGCGAUCCAACUCGCCAAGCGGGCGGGCUUGAAGGUCGUUGCAACCGCCUCGCCUCGGUCGUUCGAUCUCGUGAGGCGACACGGUGCAGAUGAUGUCUUCGACUAUUCCUCCCCGACAGCCGUCAAGGACAUCACAAAGGCGUAUCCGAAUAUCAGGAGAGCCAUCGACUGUUUCUCAGAGGGCGGUUCAGCAGCGUUUUGCGCGAACGUACUGGCCAGUGGGAAAGUGAUCACCCUCCUCGAUCAAGGAAAACCGAUCAAGCCCGACGUCGAGUACAAGUUCCUGAUGGUUUUCACGGCAUUUGGCAAGCAGUUUCAGAUGCUGGCGCCGUUGGGCCCAGUGUUUCCUGUCACACCGGCCGAUGGCGAGGUUCUGAGGCGGUUUUAUUCAAGCCUGCCGGCACUGUAUGGUGAUGUUCUCAACCCGCCUGCUAUUACGGUAACCAGAGGGGGACUCGAGGCGGUUUUGAAGGGUCUGGAUGGUCUUCGCAAAGGAGAAGCUCGAGGAAAAAAGCUCGUUGUGGAAUUUGAAUGAUACGGGUACAGCUCACGAUUCCCGCAUUGUCGGCGUUCGGCGAACUAGUUUGCAAUAAUGAUCUGUUUAUCAUCAUGUAUGGGUAAAAUCGUUGAGUCAUGCCGAAGUUGUACAGCAUUACCUAGCAAGACACUGCAAUCAAUGGACAGCGCAUAGGAG